AUGCUUAAACGCUUUCAAGGAUACAAUCUCUUAACAAUGUUCCUGUCGACGGCCGCUGUUACGAAGUUGCUGUGUUUGUUGGCGGUGGUGUGCUCAGUGGGAUGUCUUCAGUUGGAAAGUCAAGCUUCCACACGAAGGCCGAGGGUCACAAAAUACAGUAAAACUACUGUAGCACCUGGUGGAUCAACAGAGGCAGCCACAGAAAGAAGUUUAGACACUGCUACGUACCGACUUCGAGAUGGCGAUGAGACGUGUAUUCUCCUUACCGUGGAUGCGUUGCUCGAUAUAUCAUACCUCACCAAGCUGAAUGAAAGAGCUGACGCCAAUACUUUUGUUCCUAACAAUGCAAACGUGGCAGGGGUCUGUAAGGAGGGUGACGCAGAGACCCUUAUAAUAUCUUUCAAAGAGUUCUCAUUAGAGUGGUAUUUCGCAAAGACUCCAGGCGGUGAACGCUGGUAUGUAAGCAGUAUGCGUCUCACGUAUAACUCCAGCGCGCGAAUAUUAGAGCAUGCAGCUAAACAAGGUCGCCGGGUCACACUUACUACAGACGCUAGAGCACUCCUGUUCCCCACGCCGGUGGGGAAGUCCUUCUACUGUCCUGAAGAGACUAUCGUUGAGCUAACCGAAAGUGAUACAAGUGCGGCUACAGCACAACGGGCGAAGCUGUAUCUGAGACAGAUGCGCCUGCAGGCGUUUAUGUACAAGCGAGAUGGCGAGUUCGGUCCGCCGUGGCACUGCUCGGACUCGGCUCGGGCGCGCUCGGAGGCGGCGCCGGUGGCGGUCGGCGCGGCGCUCGCCAUAGCGACGGCCGGCACGCUCGUAGGUUACGCGAUCUGGCGUUAUUUGAAAGUCAAGAAGGUACAAUAUGACACGAUGGAGUGA